AAACGGGAAUGCGACGCGUCAUCAGCGCAGCCGCACACCGACCUACCGUGAGGCGCCGAUCGAGCCUACUCGCCGUCGUCGUUCAGUCAUUCGAGUCAUUUACGGUGCACACCCUGUCAAGACAACACAUCCGCUGUCGUCUUAUCCACUUGCUCCAGCAAAUACUAAAAUAAAAAACCGAAUAUGUCUAACAUUGGUAUCAACGGAUUUGGCCGUAUUGGCCGAUUGGUUUUAAGAGCUUCGUUGGAAAAGGGCGCCAAAGUUGUAGCCAUCAACGAUCCAUUCAUUGGUAUUGAAUAUAUGGUAUACUUGUUCAAAUACGAUUCUACUCAUGGACGUUUCAAGGGCGAAAUUUCUGUUGAUGGAGAUGUUCUUAUCGUCAAUGGAAACAAAAUCAAGGUGUUUUCUGAACGCGACCCAAAAGCCAUCCAAUGGGGAUCUGCUGGUGCUGAAUACGUAGUAGAAUCCACUGGUGUGUUUACCACCAUUGAAAAAGCAUCUGCUCAUUUGGAAGGUGGUGCCAAGAAAGUCAUCAUCUCUGCACCAAGUGCUGAUGCACCAAUGUUUGUUGUUGGCGUUAACUUGGAAGCAUACAAUCCAUCAUUCAAAGUUGUAUCUAAUGCUUCAUGCACAACUAACUGCUUGGCUCCAUUAGCCAAGGUUAUUCAUGACAACUUUGGAAUUAUUGAGGGUCUUAUGACUACUGUUCACGCUACCACCGCCACUCAAAAAACUGUUGAUGGACCUUCUGGAAAAUUGUGGAGAGAUGGUAGAGGUGCUGCCCAAAACAUCAUUCCAGCAUCUACUGGAGCAGCUAAAGCUGUUAGUAAAGUCAUCCCAGAACUUAAUGGAAAAUUAACUGGAAUGGCUUUCAGAGUACCAGUUGCCAAUGUUUCUGUUGUUGACUUGACUGUAAGACUUGCAAAACCAGCAUCCUACCAAGAUAUCAAAGAUAAGGUCAAGGAAGCAGCAGCAGGACCAUUGAAGGGAAUUUUGGGUUAUACCGAAGAUGAAGUUGUGUCUUCUGACUUCAUUGGUGAUACCCACUCAUCGAUCUUUGACGCUAAGGCGGGAAUUUCAUUGAACGAUCAAUUUGUCAAACUUAUCUCAUGGUACGACAAUGAAUAUGGUUACUCCAACCGUGUUGUGGACUUAAUCAAGUACAUGCAAUCCAAGGAUUAAACCAUUAUUUCAAGCUACUACUAAUAGUUGCGAUAAGUAACUACACAUUUGUGUUUUAGAAUAAAACUAUGCCUUUUUGUUCCCCAUCCUCAAUAUGUUUGUUUACUGUGAAAUUUUGAAUAGAAAUACUCAUUUUUUUUUUUUUUAAUAGAAAAUUUAUUUUGUUUAUGUAAAAAUCCUAAAUUUAAAAAAAACAAUAUAUAUCUACCUCGAUAUAAAAAUAAUAAAUAAAACAAUGAAUUUUA